AUGUGCAUACGGCCUACGUUCAGCACAAUAUCCAAAGCCGACGUUCACCGGAAGUGCCUGGAGGAGGAGGAGAUUAUUGUGCCACGUUGAUGGAGCCGAAGACCAGUGCGGACGUGGAAUUUCAUUGAAUGUGCAUUCUGCAGCGGAGAGCUGUCGGCUUAAGUCUUGCACAAUAAGAAAAGGGAACUUGCACGAGUGAUCACCGUUUUUUGACGCAUAUCGACUGUGUGUAUGUGUUUAUAAGAGCGAACAGACCUGAGAAGAAUGAAGCUCAAAGAGAUCAACCGCACGGCCAUCCAGAGCUGGAGCCCAGCACAGCACCAUCCUGUGUACCUAGCAGCAGGUACGUCAGCCCAGCAGCUGGAUGCCUCCUUCAGUACCUCCGCCUCUCUGGAGAUCUUUGAGCUGGAUCUGGCCGAGCCUUCUCUGGACAUGAAGCUCCGUGGAGCAUACUCCUCCUCUCACAGAUACCACAAGCUGGUGUGGGGUCCCCACGGCAUGGAUGCACAGGGUCUCCCGUCUGGAGUGCUCAUCGCAGGGGGAGAGAACGGUGACGUCAUCCUUUACGACCCGGCCAAGAUCAUUGCUGGACACAGUGACGUUGUCAUCGCUCAGAGUAACAAACACAGCGGGCCAGUUAGAGCCCUUGAUGUCAACUCCUUCCAGGACAACCUGGUGGCUUCAGGAGGUAAUGAAUCAGAGAUCUACAUCUGGGACCUAAACAACUUUGGCUCCCCGAUGACACCAGGCCCUAAAACUCAGCCUCUAGAGGACAUCAGCUGUGUGGCGUGGAACAGGCAGGUCCAACACAUCCUGGCCUCAGCCAGCCCCAGCGGCCGCGCCUCCAUCUGGGACCUCCGCAAGAACGACCUAAUCAUCAAAGUCAGCGACCACAGCAACAGGAUGCACUGCUCUGGGCUCGAAUGGAACCCUGAGGUAGCUACUCAGCUGGUGCUGGCCUCGGAGGAUGACAGGAUGCCAGUGAUCCAGAUCUGGGACCUGCGUUUUGCCACCUCCCCUCUCAAAGUCCUGGAGAACCACACACGGGGUGUCCUGGCCAUCGCCUGGAGCCUGGCGGACCCUGAGCUGCUACUGAGCUGCGGGAAAGACAACCGAAUCCUCUGCUGGAACCCCAACACCGCCGAGGUGCUGUAUGAGCUGCCUACCAGUACCCAGUGGUGCUUUGACAUCCAGUGGUGUCCCAGGAACCCGGCGGUGCUGUCGGCCGCAGCCUUCGAUGGACACAUCAGCAUCUACUCCAUUAUGGGGGGCAGCAGCCAGGCUUUCAGCCAGACACAGGCUGACACGAUCAGCACGUCAUUUGGCAAUAUGGAUCCAUUUGGAAUGGGUCAGACCCUGCCCCCCCUGCAGCUUUCCCAGGCCCCGCCCGCCUCCACCACCAUCACCCCCCUCAAAAAGCCCCCCAAGUGGAUCCGCAGGCCCGUGGGGGCCUCCUUCGCUUUUGGUGGUAAGCUGGUGUCGUUGGAGAACAUCAAGCCCAACCCCCAACAGCCUCAGCAGCCCACGGCCCAUGUGGUUCGCAUUAGUCAGGUGAUUACGGAGACGACCUUCCUGGAGCGCUCUGCCCAGCUGCAGGCCACACUGGCUGCUGGCAGCUUCGUUGACUUCUGCCAGGAGAAGAUGGACUCGGCCCAGAACGAGUUUGAGAAGACCGUCUGGUCCUUCCUGAAGGUGAACUUUGAGAAUGAUGCUCGUGGAAAAUACCUGGAGCUUUUGGGAUAUAAGAAAGAGGAGCUAGCAGCAAAGAUUGCAGCAGCAUUAGAGGGAGAACCUAUUCAGCCCGAGGAGCCCUCCACUGCUCCUGCCCCCACCUCUGUGCCUGAACCUGAGGCUGAUCCUGGACCAGAACCAGAGGUGGACUUACAGGCUGUACCUGGCUUCGACCCGACAUCAACAAUGCCCAGUCUGCUGUCGGCAGUCCAGCUGGACCUGGCUCCUCCUGUCUCCACCUUGCAGCCUCUAGCAGACCCUGGACUCCCGCCUGAAGAUGCAUUUGACCUCAUCGCUGCUGCAAACCUCGAGCCAGCUGCGGAAGUGGAACUCUCACCUGCUCCAGAACCAGAAGUGGAAGAUCCAUUUGACCUCAUCGCUGCUACAAACCUCCAGCCAGCAGCAGAAGUGGAACUCACACCUGCUCCGGAACCAGAAACGGAAGAUCCAUUUGACAUCAUCGCUGCUGCAAACCUCCAGCCAGCAGCGGAAGUGGAACUCUCACCUGCUCCGGAACCAGAAACGGAAGAUCCAUUUGACCUCAUCGCUGCUACAAACCUCCAGCCAGCAGCAGAAGUGGAAGUGACAGGACCUCUGGAACCAUUGGCAGCAGAAGUAGACCUGACAGAAGCCCUUGGAGCUGAGCCCAUCGCCCAGGAAGAGAUGCCAGUAAAUGAAGAGAUUCCUCUGGAGGAGGAGGCGGCUCCACCAGCAGAGGCAGAGGCCAGCCUGCCAGGGGAGGCUCCAGUCCCAGAGGGCAUUAAACUCCGCGUCAGUCAAGGCGUGGAUAGCCUGAUCACCCAGGCCCUGCUGACGGGGGACUUCCAGGGCGCAGUGGAACUCUGUCUCCAUGACAACCGCAUGGCUGACAGCAUCAUCCUGGCCAUCGCCGGAGGGGCGGAGCUUCUGGAGAAAACACAGAGGAAGUACUUCACCAAGACUCACAGCAAGAUCACCAAGCUGAUCAGUGCGGUGGUGAUGAGGGACUGGCAUGACGUGCUGCAGACCUGUGAGCUGCAGAACUGGAAGGAAGCUCUGGCUGCAGUCAUGACCUAUGCUCAGCCCGAGGAGUUCUCCUCUCUGUGUGACUUGCUGGGCUGCAGACUGGAGGCUGUGGAGGACUGCACGCUGCAGGCUCAGGCUUGUCUGUGUUACAUCUGCGCUGGCAACGUGGAGAAACUGGUGACCUGCUGGACCAGAGCACAGGACAGACACUGCCCUCUCGCUCUGCAGGAUCUGGUUGAGAAGGUGGUGGUGCUCCGCAAGGCGGUAGAGCAGAACCAGGAAUCUGAUCCCUCUGCUGUGGGGCUUCUACUGGGGGAGAAGAUGAGUCAGUAUGCCAGCCUGCUGGCCUCCCAGGGCAGCCUCACCAACGCCAUCGCAUACCUGCCCCAGAACACAGAGCAGGUUGCGGUGCAGCAGCUGCGUGACCGUCUCAGCAGAGCUCUAGGUCAACAGGCUCCUGCUGCAGCCCCAGUAGCCCAACUCCCAUCCCCUCAGCCCACAGCUGCCCAGCCCAGGCAGCUCUUCACCCCUGCCCAGCCUUCUAUGGUGUCCCAGCAGCCCGCUCCGGCCCCUGUGCCUGCCGCUGCCACCGCACCGCAACAGUAUUACCAGCCAGUGAGGUCUGCCUCUACAGUUACCUCCUGGAGUAACCAAACUCCCACAGCUCUCCCCAGUGUCCCUCCUCCUCAUCUAGGCCCUGCCACCACAGAGCCCCAGGUUCAGCCGACACCCCCCAUGUAUGGGAUGCCUCCCUCUGGGUCAGCUGCUCCCCCAGCCUCCUCGUCUGCUGCAUACCCCCCCAUGUACUCACAUCAGUACCAGCCCUACCCUCCGGCCAGCCAGUACAACCUUGGCACUGGUGGCCCAGCUAUCUAUUCACCUCUCCAGUACUCUGCUCCUCCUCCUCCCUCCUUCUCUUCCUCCUCACCCCAAGCCCCAGCCCCAGGCUUCAUGCCCCAAUACACCCAACAACCCCUCUACCCACCUCCUUCCAUGGGCCAGCCUGUGUCCUCCGCUCCUCCUUUCUCUCCUCCUCCGCUGUCAUCUGGAGCGUCUUUCCAACAUGGCGGACCGGGUUCGCCUGCCUCGUACAUGCCGCCACUCCCACCAACCGGAUCCUCAGAGGGAUAUAAUCCAGACACUACCUGUUUCAUGGAAGGUGAAGGCCCACAGAAUGGCUGGAACGACCCGCCUACCCUGAGCAGAGUGCCAAAGAAGAAGAAGGUUCCAGAGAACUACACGCCUCCUUCCCCCAUCAUGGCCCCCAUAUUUUCUCCCCUCGGUGCUGGGGACCCCCAGCAGCCCCCCUACAUGCCUCCAGGCCAGGCCCCCUACCAGGGCAUGCAGCAGCAGAUGGCCCCCCCACCCAUGAACCCUGGCAUGCUCAAGACGCGUGGAGGAAGUGUGGAGGGAGCGCCCGGAGCCCCGACUGGAGAUACCAUACAGCCGCUGCAGUCCAUCCCUGCUGAGAAGAUAACCAUGAAGCCCAUCCCCGAUGAGCACCUGGUCCUGAAAAACACCUUUGAGGGCCUCAUCCACAAGUGCUUGGCUGCUGCCACCGAUCCUCAAACCAAGAGGAAGCUGGAUGACGCCAACAAACGCCUUGAGGCCCUCUACGACAAGCUACGAGAGCAGACCCUCUCCCCAGCCAUCAUAGGGGGCCUGCACAACAUGGUGCAGUGCAUUGAGUCUCGAUCCUAUGUGGAGAGCCUCAACAUCCACACACACAUAGUGAGCAGCAGCAACUUCAGCGAGACGUCUGCCUUCAUGCCUGUGCUCAAGGUGGUGCUGACACAAGCCAACAAACUGGGGGUCUGAGCAGGAGAGACCCUCCUCCACUCCUCAGUCUGAGGUGAGAUGGAGUGGGAUUGGUCAGAGAUGUCAUAAGAGGCCAGGAAGUAGACGUAGGGAGCCAGGUGUUUUAAUCAGUGGGAAUUCCAUGUGGCUCCCAGUGCAGAUAUUACACUUCCUGUAGAAUCAUGAGAUUUUAUGACAUAACUGUCCGAUCAACUUCUUCAUCCCAUUCCGGACUCGAGACCCCUCCCCCUUCUCUUUUACAACUCAAACACAAGCCAUGCCACCAGUAUCACUACAGUAUAGUAAACACAUGCGGGACAUAGGACCAAGAUGUAUUGAUAUUGCCAGUCUUAUCGUUGUCACUGGGAUAAUAUGUUAAAAAGCCAAACAACCCAGUUUUGAGGAUCAUAUUUUGUUUUCUUGUUCAUUUUUAGUGUAAUCAUGAUUUUCAGACAGAGCAGAGUGCAAUGGGGGUUGCUCCCCUUUUAACCAGAGACUGUACUUUAAAACACAGGAGGAAUCCAUGCUAAGAUAAUAUGCCAGGGAUCAUCAUCAGACUGUUUUAAUUGGGUAUUAUUGUCAGGUUUAAUAACGAGGGAACUAGCUUUUUAUAAUGGUCGGUCAUGCCAUGAAUUUCACGCGACAGCGUCCAUUUUCUUUCCCUCAGUUCUUGUCUUCAGUAUGAUUUAGGCUUUUGAUUAAACAGUCUAUUUGUCUCUUCAUCCUGGUAAGAUCAGAAAUACACUUAUGUUGCAAAUGGGACAUUUUUUUAAAAUUGACAACAUGCAAUAUUUUCAAUAAAUAGUAUUUAUUUAAAA